GUUAUAGAAAAGGAUUUCUGUUUUGGACUGAUGUAGAACAGUGAAACAAGACUCACCUCUGAAGCUUCUAAGCAGCUAUGCCUUCUCUACCUGACCAAAAGGUACAUUAACCCCUCUGCAUUCAAGCACCCUCCAGUUACAAGAAACUUCUUCAUUUUAUCAAAGAUCAUUUACAAAAGAGGAAACUGAAAACAUGAAACCAACAUGUAUAUAUAGAAUAUUAACGAUGAGUCUGCUGCCAUACUUGUUUCCUGGACAAGAACUUUUAAAUGAUGAUACACAAGUUGGAUGCCGAACUGCAGUAAAUGACUUAGUUUUCAUUGUGGAUGGAUCAUGGAGUGUUGGAUACAGAGACUUUGAUACUGCCAAGAACUGGCUACUGAAUAUAACAAGUAGUUUUGAUAUUGGUCCCUCAUAUACUCAGGUGGCAGUGGUACAGUACAGUGACUUCCCCCAACUGGAGAUCCCUCUUGGGCACAAUACAUCAUAUCAGCAACUUUUAAGUGACCUGAAAAAUAUUAAAUAUUUGGGAGGAAAUACUCAUACAGGACGUGCAAUCAAAUUUGCCACCGAAGAAGUUUUUCCCUCUUCUAAAAGGGCGGAUGACUCUAAAAACAAAAUUGUGAUUGUUGUCACUGAUGGCAAGUCUCAAGACGAUGUAGAUACUAUUUCCUCAAGCGCCAGAGCUCAGGGUAUAAUCAUGUUUGCUGUGGGAGUUGGAUCUGAAAUCAUGAAAUCGGAACUGGUUGCAAUUGCUAACAUGCCCUCUACUCAAUAUGUGCUCUAUGCUGAGGACUAUACAACCAUCAACAGAAUUAAGGAGACAAUGAGACAGAAGAUUUGUGAAGAGUCGGUGUGUCCUACGCGAAUUCCAGUGGCUUCACGUGACGAGAAAGGGUUUGAACUGCUUGUUGGAAUGAGAAUUAAUACAAAAGGUCAACUAGUAAUGGGUUCUUUGGCUUCAGAAGUAGCCUACCUUCUUACACCCAACGUGGACAUCACUGAAAACACAAGGGACAUAUUUCCUGAAGGACUUCCGCCAACCUAUGUUUUUGUGGCAACCAUACGUGUUAAGUCUCCUGGGAACAACCAGAUUAUUGACCUUUGGAGAAUAUUUUCCAAGGCUGGGGAAGUGCAGGCAGCUGUUACUCUGAAUGGGACAAAUAAAUCAGUGCUUUUUACGGCAGUGAAGAUAAAUGCAGAUGCCCAAACUGUUGUUUUUGAUGAUCCAAGGCUGAAGGCUGUUUUCAACGAAGACUGGCACCAGCUGAGAAUCGUAGUAAGGGAUAAAUACACAGUGUUGUACCUGGAUGAUGAUCUGAUUCAGAGACACCCCCUUGAAGAAACCGGACAAAUUUUCAUCAAUGGCAAGACGCAAGUGGUGAAAGAGUGGAAGACAGAUAUAACAGUAACUAUGGAAAUACAAAAACUAAGACUGUACUGUGAUCCAGAACAGAGUGAGCGCGAGACAGCCUGUGAAAUCUACUCCGUGGAUGAUCCAAGGUGCCCCCUGGAAAGGAAACAACCUAUAUCAACUUGCCAGUGUCCUGAAGGCCCUCCUGGGGCUCCAGGACAAGAGGGCAUUAAAGGGAAAGCAGGAGUAAGAGGAAGCCCAGGUGCUGAUGGGAAACCUGGAUUACCUGGUCCCCAGGGACCUCCUGGACGAGAUGGGACAUCGGGAGUAAAGGGUAAUGAGGGUCUUCCUGGACCUAAAGGUGAUCGUGGCCUCCCUGGAUUACAAGGCUUAUCUGGAGAAAAGGGUUUUCAAGGACAACAAGGCACCAAGGGUUCAAUUGGCCCAACAGGACCAUCAGGAGGAGCUGGAAUUCCAGGAAACAAGGGAAUUAAGGGUGAUCGAGGAUUAUCUGGGUCACCAGGAGUUCAAGGGCCAAUGGGGGAGCUAGGAUUACCUGGAAGAACUGGAAACCCAGGGCCGAAAGGAUUAAAGGGAGAACAAGGUCAGCCAGGCCAGCCUGGAACUGAUGGGUCUCAGGGGAUGCUGGGUUUCACUGGUCCUACUGGUCUUCCUGGUCCUGCAGGUUUAAAAGGAGAAAGGGGUGUCCCUGGUGUGAAAGGUAAUACUGGAUCCACAGGCCCAAAGGGAGAAAAUGGGUCACCUGGACUCACAGGAGCCGAAGGACAACAAGGGCUAAAGGGUAUUCCAGGUGAGCCUGGACCACAAGGAUCCCAAGGACAUCAAGGACUAAAAGGGGGUAAAGGAGAGCAAGGACUCCCUGGUUUGGAUGGAUCCAUGGGACUUCCAGGACCCAAAGGGCAUAAGGGAGACAGUGGUGAUGAUGGAUUAAAAGGUGAACUGGGAGAAAGGGGAGAAAUGGGCCAACCAGGAACUCCUGGGUUAAAGGGUGAAGGAGGCAGUAAAGGAACAAAAGGGGAGAGAGGUGAUAUUGGUGACAUUGGUCCUAGAGGGAUAGAUGGCAAGAAAGGAGAAGCUGGUUCUCUAGGACCUCCAGGGUCUCGUGGCUUUCCAGGUGAAGGAGGACUACAAGGAAGAUCUGGACUGCCAGGCAUUCCUGGAAAACCUGGGAAAUUUAUAUCAGAUGACUACAUUAUGAAGCUGUGCAGUAAUGUACUGCAAGAACAGUUACCUUUCUUUCUCCAGUCCAUGAGACCUAGCUGUUCACCGUGUGAAGGAAAACCAGGUCCACCAGGGAUACCAGGCAUUCAAGGCAGAACUGGUGACCAUGGCCCACCUGGAUUCCCAGGUAGAACUGGCAGAACUGGCUACCCGGGUCUUCAGGGUUUACCAGGUUCACAUGGAAGAAAAGGGGACACUGGAGAAAGAGGGGAUAAAGGUUCCAAAGGGGAAGCUGGCAGAGGACAGCCAGGCCAAACAGGACCAAUAGGACCACCAGGAUUAAAUGGAAGUAAUGGAGAAAGCCUACCUGGUCCUCCAGGUAACCCAGGAAAAAAUGGUGUCCCUGGCACACAUGGGAAACGCGGGCUACCUGGGCCUCCUGGUGUUUGUGACAUCUCAUCUUGUUUCUCUGCAUAUGGCAUGAGGAAUAAUCCAUUCAUUAAAGGACCAAACUUCUAAAGCAGCAAGCUUGCCCACUGAUGAUUUUUUAGAACUUAAGGGAAGUGACUGGAUUUCCUGAUUUACAGCAGUGUUUUUACAGUCUGUACUUUUGCACUGGAACUUUAUUUCCUUUGAAUAUUACAUUGUUAUGUUUAUUACAUUCCAUAAACUGUAAAUAAAAACUGAAGUGAUGUUA